AUGGAACAUUUGCCCGUGGUCAAGCCACGGCAUAUUCAUGGCGGUGCGACCGAGGAAAUCGAACGUGGCACGCCAAAGUCUCAACGUCCGCAUGACGAGAACACCAAACGGGCAUACAUUGCAGCAUCUCGGCGAACCGAUAGAAGCGAGGAAGCUCGAAUCACAUCCGCACACAAAGCUAGCGAAAUUCACAAGAAGCUCACUGGUAAAAGUCUUCGGAUAUCCAGAGACAUUGUCUUGAAGGAUGAAAUGUAUGAGGAGGAAGAUGACCACAUCUCUCGGUCCCUUCAGCAGCUCUAUCCAAGCUUGCAUGCUGAACAAAAUAUGCUGAAGGAAGAAGCAAACAGCAGCGAAGACUCGACAUCACCAUUAUCUCUCGUUCAGCUAAACACAAUCCGGCAACAGGCAGUGGUCAACCGAUUAUUCGACCAGUAUUUCACUAAUACUAAUCAGCAAGUAAAAGCCGUCCCAACGGCAAAUACAGAGCUUGGAGGGAAUUACGAGCGAUCUUCGACGACCACGACGCCCUCACCAAAGAGAAAGCGAUUAUUGGAACAAACAAACGAAAGCUGUGAUAUUAUAGCUUGUAAGAAGGAGAGUUGUAACAUCAACUACCCAUCCUCGAACUAUGCCUGGGUACCUGAUCUGGAUGUUCCAUUAUAUGGGGUUAGGAAGAAUCCGCCAGCGGCUGUGCCAAACGUCGCCAAUAUCGACCCUCAGUUGCCUGAAUGUCCGCGCGACUAUGCCUCCCAAUCUUACUCUUUGACAGAUGAUGUUAAUGACGUCUUGCGGUUAAACUUUGCAUCAUGUUCUCCGUCGGCUUCUUCUGUUGCAUGCGACGAUCUAUAUGUACAAUGCGGCUUGAGCGACGGCGCUAUGAACGAUGGCAUGGGUGCGGAGGACUGGAUGAAUUUAUCAGAUUACUAUUGUUCUGGAGAUAAAGUGUAA